GAGUCACUCGCGAGUAUAGUCCAAGGUUGCCGUGUUCUACUCGAUAAAAAUUAAACUUUGAUUAUUUGAGUGUUUAAUUGUGAUGAUUUUUAAUUGAAUUUUCCUGCUUAGUACUGUUUUGUAAGAUGUCUGGACCAAUAGUGACUGUACAAGAAGGUAAACUGUUGGGAAUUCAACAAAAGGAUGAUGACGGAAACCAGUUUUACAGUUUUCUUGGAAUACCAUAUGCGAAACCGCCAAUAGGAGAACUGAGAUUCAAAGCUCCACAACCCCCUGAAAAAUGGGAAGGAAUUCGAGACGCCACCAAAGAAGGAAACGAGUGUUUUUCCAAACAAUUUCAAAUGUAUACGGGAUCGGAAGAUUGUCUUAUUCUUAAUGUGUUUACUAAAGAGAUCUCAAGUUCUAAAUUAAAGCCUGUCAUGGUUUGGAUCCAUGGAGGUGGCUUCACGAAAGGCUCAAAUACACUGAAAUUAUAUGGUCCAGACUAUCUGCUAAGAGAAGAUAUAGUAUUAGUUACAAUUAAUUAUCGUUUAGGUCCUUUAGGAUUCAUGGCUUUUAAAGAUCCAGAUGUAGGUGUACCAGGCAACGCAGGUUUCAAGGACGCUGUAAUGGCUUUAAGAUGGGUCCAAAAUAAUAUUAAACAAUUCGGUGGUGAUCCAAAUAAUGUGACAAUAUUUGGCGAGAGUGCUGGAGCAGUUGCUGUUCAUCUCUUAGUACUUUCACCAAUGGCCAAAGGUUUAUUUCACAAAGCCAUACUCCAAAGUGGAUGCGCCACAAGCUGUUGGGCAACAAUGAACCGUAUAGAACCCAAUCUAUUUGCUGAAAGAGCUGGAAUUCACUCCAAUGACGAUAAAGUAAUACUCAAACACCUACAAAAUAUGACGUUGGAAGAACUUGAGGAAGCAAUGGAAAAGACACCGGAGUUAUAUCCAGUUGGAACAUUAUUUCCUAAUGGUCCAAUAAUCGAAACCAACUCCAAAGAACCCGCUUUCUUAUCCAGUGAUCCACGUGAAAUCGUAAAAUCCGGAAAUUAUAACAAAGUACCUAUGAUGAUGGGCUGUGUGUCCAGAGAAGGAAUGUAUGUUUACAGCAUUGUCGCUAACGAAAAUCUGGUGUUGAUACACGAAACGUUGUUACCUAGGACACUGAAUUUAAGGAUAGGAAGUAAUUUGCAUACUCAGGCAGCUAACAAAGUUAAGAAGUUUUAUUUUGGCGACAACGAUCCUCUUGAAGAUAAAGAUAAGAUAUACAAGCUCUACACGGAUGACUAUUUUCUCUACGAAGUCUACAAAAACGCCAGAGAACAUUUAGAAACCAAUCCUUACCCGAUAUAUUUUUAUAGAUUUUUAUACGAUACUGAAUUAAACUUUCUGAAAACAUUCGUCAAUAUAACUGACCCAGGUGUUUCGCACGCUGACGACUGUGGUUAUCUAUUCAAAACCGAUUUCGUACCAGAUAUAGAAAAAGAUAGUGCUGAAGACAGAGCGAUUCGAAGAACUGUAAGACUGUGGACGAAUUUUGCCAAAUUUGGACAACCCACUGUUAAUAAAAAUGAUCAAAUUCUUCCUGUGGAGUGGCUUCCAAUUUCUAGGGACAAAUUUCGAGUAUAUGAUAUAGGAGAAGAAGUCAAAUUACACGAUAAUCAUCCGGAAACUAAGGCUAUGCAAUUUUGGGAUGAGAUGCAUACAAUAAAUCCUUUUAGUUCAAAAUUGUGACAAUAAAAUAAAAAUUUAACAACGAAAUUU